AUGAAGGCUCUCUACUCAGAACUCAACGCUCUUCUUCCUCAAACUUCUAGGGAGCCUUUAACACUGCCUGAUCAGCUAGAUGAAGCUGCAAAGUACAUCAAGAAACUACAAAACAACGUGGAGAAAAAGAGAGAGAGAAAGAGGAAACUUGUUGCGACUUCAGCUUCCGACAAAUUGAACUCCACUGGAUCUUCAUCCAUGUCUUCUAGUGUUGACCACUUCGUGCCUACAAGGAUGCCAACAAUCGAAAUUCAAGAAACCGGUCCCAUUCUUCAGAUCUUCCUUGUGACAAGCUUGGAACACAAGUUUAUGUUCCAUGAGAUUAUUCGUGUUCUCACUGAGGAAAUAGGAGCUGAGAUCAUUCAUGCUGGAUACUCAACUGCUGAUGAUGCCGUCUUCCACACUCUUCAUUGCAAGGUGGAAGAGUGUGAUUAUGAAGCCAAGAGUAAAAUUUCUGAGAGACUGAAGAAGUUUGUGAACGGCGAUUAUUGA